UAUGCCUAGCCAAUGGAAAAGAAAAACGACUUACUCACAGUCAUCCACUGUACGAAGAUUUCCAGCUGCAAUGGGAGGGCUUUGCCUCUCCUUGAAGGAUGAAUAAAUAGGUAGCUGAAGAGACAACCUGUCCACAGUCAGGCUGAAGUGAAAACCAGACCCAGGUCCUGCUCAUCUGGUAGUUGGAGACCCAGUUCUGGUGGCAUGGAGAGGACCCUUAUCUGUCUGAUAGUCAUCUUCUUGGGGACAGUGGCCCAUAAAACAAGCCCCCAAAGGCCAGAUCGCCUCCUGAUUAGACUUCGUCACCUUGCAGACAAUGUUGAACAGCUGAAAAUUUAUGUGAAUGACUUGGAUCCUGAACUUCUGCCAGCUCCACAAGAUGUAAAGGAGCAUUGUGAGCACUCAGCUUUUGCCUGUUUCCAGAAGGCCAAACUCAAGCCAGCAAACACAGGAAGCAAUAAGACGAUCAUCAGUGACUUAGUCACUCAGCUGAGGAGGAGGCUGCCUGCCACCAAGGCUGAGAAAAAGAACAAGAGCUUAGUUAAAUGUCCAUCCUGUGAUUCUUAUGAGAAAAAAGCACCCAAAGAAUUCCUAGAAAGACUAAAAUGGCUCCUUCAAAAGAUGAUUCAUCAGCAUCUUUCCUAGAACACACAGGACCUGAAGAUUCCCAAGGACUUGAGGAGACACUGCACACUAUGGAAACUCACAAACGGGAGUGCCUCUUGCUUCCUGGGAUUGUGAAUGGAGAAGUACAGUAUGUUCCUAUAGGAAUGACUCAAACACUGAAGGCUAAGAUCCAUUGCCAAAUUACUACACAGACAUUGCAGUUCACUGACAGACUCCGGGCUAUCAACUGGGAAAAUCUCUCUUCAGAGAGCUCAGCUUCCCGUGUCAUGGAUUUCUGUGACUUCUCAAGUUGUGACGUCUUCAUCUUGUUGCCCAACUGUGACAUGCUUUGACUGGAAGGGGAAAACUAAAGAUUUUAACUAAAAAUACAGCUAGAGAAACUGUUGGUCUGCAAGAAUAAGACCUUUUGUGAUCCUAACCGAAUGAUGUAAGCUGAAAAUACAGAAGAGUAAGAUGAAAUCGGAAAUUGAAGUCUUUAUUCUCUAAGGAAAAUUGUACUUGAAAGCAUGUCUGAAGGGCUUGCUCCUUCCAAAUGAACAUCCAGCAUACAGAUAUCUAAUCUAUUUAUGCUACAGGGGAGAGUUUUCCUAGAUGGGUACAAGCAAUUUUUCUUCUUUAUUAGGUCUAUCAAGAUAUUUAAAUACAGUAGAAUUUAGCCUAUUUAUAGACUUCAUUCCUGGUCUUCACUGUCUUUCUAAAGUGGUAAUGGCAUAUUAAGAAGCAGGGUUAACUUCUCCCAAUGUCAAGUCUUUUUAUAAGCUAAUAUUUUAAACUUGUGAAGAUGGCAACUAAAACCUAUGGUAGGGCAAACAUCAGCAGAGUCUU